CGUCUGGCCCAUCUGCCUCAGUGGCGGGAGAAGUAUCGGCAAGCAGGACCAACUGAAGGGACCUUAGGGUCAGUUGGUCUCUUCCUCUACCCUGUACUUCAAGCAGCCGAUAUUCUCCUCUACGAUGCUGAUGUGGUGCCUGUUGGGGAGGAUCAACUUACACAUAUCGAGCUGGCCCGCGAUCUGGCUCGCACAAUGGAGGUCACCGAGUCCAACCUCAUUUCGCUUCGUCCAAAACCAUUAGCUCUCUUCAAAGUGCCACGUGCGCUUCUUGUUGAAUCGGCCAAGGUACUUGCGGAUAAGCAUUCUGCAUUUCGGAUUGGCCUUUAUACUGUGGGCCACUUUAUGUUGCACUUCCACUCAGCGACGGCUUAG